CUUUAUUAUUUUCCAACAUCUUUUUCUUCUCAAAAGGUUCUAUUAGCAUUGUAUGAAAAAGAUGUCAAAUUCAAGCCAAAGUUAGUGAGUUUAUUCCAUGGUCAACAUAUGGAACCGUGGUAUGUGAAGCUAAACCCAAGUGGUGAUCAUGUCCCAGUAUUUAUCCAUGAUCAAAAUGUUUUGUGUAAUCCUGAGAAGAUCGUUGAUUAUGUAGAUGAACAUUUUGAUGAUGGUCCCUGUUUAGUGCCAUCACAAACUAGUAGCUUAGGACAGAAAGUAGCUGCGGUACGGGGACAAUUAGAUAAUAUUCCCGUAGAUGUCAUAACAUAUGGUAUAAUAUUCCAUCCCCACUUGUCAGAUGUUGGUUGCAGAAUUCCAUUUGCUGUUCAGCGUAGCAUGAGAGAAAACUUUGCCAGAAGAUUGAGGUACUUAACUCAUAAAGCUACAAGGCAUCCUAAUCUUCGAGAUGGUUAUUUAGCGAAAAGUCAAACAGCAGCACAGAAAUAUGAUGUUAUUACUGAUGAAGAGAAGGUCAAAGGUCAACUUGAACAGUUAGAGAUCAUUCUAGAGGAAAUGGAGGGCAUGCUUCAAUCUUUACAUGAAUCCGAAACGUAUACUAAUCCUGAUAUUUGGUUGUUUGGUCCACAGUUUACUGCUGCUGAUAUCACCUUCUCUGUUCUUCUGAAUCGCCUGGUAUUAUUGGGUUUAGAGUCGCGGUAUUUUCCCAAUUAUAAAUGUCCAUAUAUUGACCGUUACUAUCAGCAACUACACCGUAGAUCAACGUACCGACUAAUUCAGAAAGAGGUAGCCAACAUGAGAUUGACAUUGGUU